UUGAGUUAUUCACCACCAUUGUGUGUCUAAGUAGAUCCCUUCCUCGGAGGCAUGAGGAAGGCUGAUUGUGGGCCGCUGAGCAAGGGGUCCUGAUUAAGGUGUCGUGUGGAGUAGCCGCCUGCCAGGAGGUGACAGGAAAUCACACAAUCUACAGCAUUUAGCUCCGAACACUCGGAUGCUCUUAACAGGAGUCUGUGGAGAGGGAUGAAGGGACUCCAGCAACUAAGAAAUCAGCACUGACUUGACUUCAGUGGAGGUGUCUGAUGUUAUUUUGUUCCCUCUCUCACCCCCAAUCAAAGGUGGAGCAGAUUUCGAGGAUUGUUAAAACGGCUUGAGUCACAUACAGCACAUGGGAAUGGGUCACUUGCUGGUUGUGUUUUAAAGGACAGUUUCUGAGAGGUAUAUCAUUUUCACACUGUCAGCAGGAACAUGAACGUAUGUAAUGUGUGUACGCUGUAUGUAUUUAACAAUCAUGUUUAGUUCUUAUUGGUUCAUUUUAAUCGUCGACACGUAGAUGUUAAAUGACUGGAAAUCUGUGUGUCGUCAUGUCUGAGUACACUGCUGUCAUCGCACAGUGAGUAAUCAUUCCCACUUGUAUUAUCAGUAGUUUUAUGACUGGCUUGAGCAUAUUGACCCAACCAAAAGCCAACUGUGUUCCUACAGUCACGGUAUGAGUGAAAGACAUGUCCACAACUGAAGACGCGAUGCUGCUGUGGAACUGUACAGGUUCAGAGGAUCUGCCGGGGAACGGCAGUGACACUGGGCUGGGCAAGGUGGAGCAGGUCCUAGUCCCAAUAUUAGAUACACUGAUUCUGGUGCUGGGGGUCGUCGGGCACACUAUGGUGAUGGUGAUCCUGUGUGGGAGGCGGAGGAGAGGUGCUGGACAUUCCCCUCACAGCUCCAUGACAGGCACGGGGACAGACAUCCUCCUGCUGGCUCUGAGCGCUGCCGACCUGCUUUUGCUCUCCACGCUUCCCUUCCACACUGUUGCCAUAGCCAUGCAGGAGUGGCCGUUUGAGGACUUCAUGUGUCGUCUGGUGGGCUUCUUGGGAUCGGCCUGCUCGUCAGCCAGCGUCUUCACGCUGGCCGCGCUGGCUGUGUCUCGCUAUCUGACUGUGGUGCAGCCUACCAGAGCUUACAGUCUCCUCUCCCCUCGCCGGGUGUCUAUAACUGCUGCACUCCUCUGGGUGCCGGCCUGCUGCCUGGCUGUCCCCCAGCUGGUUUUUCGCUGUGUGGGAACCCCCCGACAAGCCCCUGAUGGACACACAUGCUUUGCUUUCCGGUCCCACAAAGACCAGCUGAUCUAUGGAUUAUUUCACUUUUUCAUGGCCUUCUUACUUCCACUGAUCACCAUUGCUGUGGCCUAUGGCAAGAUCUACCUGUUCCUAUGGGGGAGUCAGCAGGCCGGCAGGGCCCCCCAAGUAGAGCGCUACCAGAACAAAGUGACCCAGACCUCAGCCAUGCUGGUGCUGGCUUUUACCCUAUGCUGGCUGCCGUCCUACGGCCUGACGCUGAAUUUACUGGCGGAAGAAAUUUCAGGGGCCACUGGCACCUCACCCCGUUACGGCCCCUUCAGUGUGUUUGCACGCUUCAUGGCGACUUCCUCUACAGUGGUGAACCCCAUCCUCUACGUGCUCAUGUCCCAAAAGUUCAGACAAGACUUACUAAGGCUGUUUAAAAAGGGGGGGCAAAGAGAAGGUGGGGCUGUGGAUAUGGCUGCUGCCUGAUAGUAUUACUAUCAGCAGCUACCUUGAUAUAACUGAACACCUGUCACACAAACACACAAACACACAAACACGCAAAACCUGACGGCCGGGAUUUAUAACUUAAAAAAGUGCAAGCUGAGUUGCCUUGCUGAAUUACUCAUGUGAAUAAAAUGGACGGAAUAAAAUACCCUCACAAGGAAAGAACAAGGCAAAACAACAGCACUCGCAACAUCUUUCCCUCUGUUAGCCUGGAUAUAGAACAAGAUCAAACUGCUUGCCUUGGGAGGAGCUGCUCCACAGGGACAGUGGGACAAACAAUGUUGAAUCAUGCAUUCCUUGUAAAAACCGAUUA